AUGUCCGUCACAACAACCGACAACGCCCGCGUCACCUCUCUCCGCCACACUCUCGCCGACUACGAUCUCCACCACAGCCAACCCUCUCACGACCGCGCCUCCGAAGCUCCCUCUCCCAACACACGACCCGCAGGAGAUUCCUCCUCUUCUCCAGCAGAGUGGGAAACACAAUGGAGACGAGUGCCGGCGUAUCGCCCUGUGAAUCCGAGUUUGAUUGAGAGUGGAGGGAGGAAUGAAUUUAAUAAUGCGAUUGAGAGGAAUUUUAUUCGAGUUAUGUUUGGGGGGGUUUGGAUGCAGGCUACUGCGAGUUCGGUGUGGAGGUCUACGGCGGGGAAAUUGAAUGAUGAUCUUUUCAAGGCGAAGAUUGGUGGGGAGUGGUAG